CAUUCCCUCUUGGGUUCAAAGACAAUUCUCCGUCAUGUCUCGGUUCAUCGUUUAUCCUGCCUUGUUCUUUUAUGUGUUACUGCGUUUGAAGCUUUGCAUGAGUCCUUUUUUAUCUACCAUGAUUUAACAUAGUACACAGUCUUCUCUAGACCACCUACAUGAGCAGUCCUUGAGCGGGCCGGCAUCUCAUUUAGCUCUUCACUCUCGACUCCUGGCCUGGUGCCAACAUGUCGACCCCCAUGGAAGAUCGUCCUGCUUCCCAUCAUACGGAAGAAAAGAGGAAACCCAGACUGGAAGACGGGUCUCCAGACUCCGAUGAAGGCACAUAUGUUUACGACAGCUCAAGUAACGGAAAUCACCUUAGAGUCGAUACCUCUUACGAUGAGCCGGAUAGAAACGCCUUGUACUCUCCUGUCACCGCAAGAGAAGAAUCUACGCGGCUGGAAGAUGACCUAGCGGUUCUGGAGGCAGAGCGGAUGGCAUCACGUUCCACUCAUGAAGGAGGUUCGGAAAAGAGGGUGAAUGAUGAUGGCACGUCCAUCUCUCGCUCUCGUUCUCGCUCUCGCUCACGCCGAUCCGAAGUCGACGAAUUCGACGAGGCCACCAAUCCUCUCCACGAAAAAGCUGCAGUGUAUAAUCCACCCGAGAACCCCAACACCAACAUCGCAAGGUUCGUGAAAAGGCUUCACGAGUCUAGUUUUAUUAUUCGCUAUAUCACCUACAUUGUACCGCUUGUCCUUAUCUUGUUGAUCCCGUUGCUGGUCGGCGCACUUGCAUACCCCGAUGCUAGUGUCGGUGGUGUCCGAUUGGUUUGGUUCUCGGUGUGGUUGGAGAUUGUCUGGCUAACCCUAUGGGCUGGAAGGAUCGUCUCCAAAUGUAUCCCUAUCCCUGUGAGCGCCAUUGCUAGUAUUUUCACGAACAACGCAAAGAAAUGGCGUGAUCUGGCCAAGCAAUUGGAGCUGCAUGGAACCCUGUUCUUCUGGUGGCUGGGCGUGGAAAUAUCCUUUUUGCCCACGAUGAAGAAUCACCAUGUGGAUGGGAGACAUGCUACGCGCUCGUGGGAAAACACAGUCAACAAGAUUAUCAUUUCCGUCUUUGUUUGGACGAUUUUGAACCUCGUUGAGAAAUUCAUCAUCCAGCUGAUCGCCAUCAACUUCCACACGCGUACCUACGCGGAUCGAAUUGAGAUCAACAAAUUCCAGAUCGGCAGCUUGACCAAACUGUAUGCUUUCUCCCGGCAGAAGAUCUCUGCCAAGGACACGGAAUUCGAAGAGAAGCAGCAGCCCGGUACUAAGACUCCUAUGAAGAUCCCGUUCCACUACGCCGGAAAGGCAGGUCGAUUUGCCAAAGGUGCCUUGCACAAGGUUGGCGACGUCGCUGGCGCAGUUGCCGCAGACUUUACUGGUCGCACAGCCACUAAUAGCAACCACCCGUACCAGGUGGUGCUGACUUUGUUGCGGACCACCAGUGGUUGUCAGGUCUUGGCUCGACGUCUUUACCGGACUCUUGUGCGUGAUGGAUUCGAAACCGUUUUCUCGGGCGAUUUGAAGGAGGCAUUCGAUAACAACGAAGAAGCUGAGGCGGCAUUUACAAUGUUCGACAAGGACAUGAACGGAGACAUUUCUAUGGAAGAAUUGGAGGCGGUUUGCGUGGAGAUUGGACGCGAACGCAAGGCCAUUACCGCGUCACUGAAAGAUCUCGACUCUGUCGUCAGCAGACUUGACAAUGUUCUCGAAUUCUUUGUGGUACUCAUCACUUUGAUUGUUUUCCUGACUUUGAUUUCCACGUCGGCUGCCGGCGUGCUCACGUCUGCAGGCUCUAGUAUUCUGGCACUGUCCUGGUUGUUCUCUGCAACUGCACAGGAACUGCUCCAGUCACUCAUCUUUGUGUUCGUCAAGCACCCGUUUGAUGUCGGUGACCGGGUGACAGUCUAUGGUAACUCUGGUGAUGCGGGCUUGGGAGAUGACUACUUCGUCAAGCAGAUCUCUCUUCUGUACACCGAGUUCAAGAAGAUGCAGGGCCAUGUCGUGCAAGCCCCCAACAGCUACCUUAACGGUCUUUUUAUCCUCAACCAGCGCAGAUCCGGUGCCCUUGCUGAGGCCGUGCCCAUUGUCAUCAAGUACGGCACGACGCUUGAGCAAAUUGACGCCCUUCGUCAACGACUGCUGGAAUUUGUUCGCAGCGAAUCCCGCGAAUUCCAGACCAAUAUCCUCACUGAGAUGCGUCAGGUGACCGAAAACUUCUCUGUUACUCUCAAUGUUGUCUUCUUCUACAAGUCGAACUGGCAGAAUGAAGGCUUGCGUCUACAGCGCCGCAAUAAAUUUAUCUGCAUGCUCAUGCUCGCCUUACAAGAGAUUGGCAUCGAGGGACCACGCAUGAACCUCCAGGGUGCCCGUGUCGACAUUCCCUUCCAUGUCGCUGGGUUCCCAUCUCAUGUUGCUUCCGGCGGUAGUGAUGGUCGGCCUCCGCCAACUCCUGUCCAUGACAACAAUUCUCUUCACGAAAACUCCGGCUUCAGUAGCGCUACGCGCCAGCAUUCUAUUCUCCGCAGGGGCAUAGAUACCGCCACUGCUCGCGCCCGUGGGGACUCGAUGCACACGCGGAAGCAUGUGGACUUCUCUCUCGGAAUGCGCGACAUUUCUUCCGGCGACGUUAUGGGCGACGUGUUCGAAGACCGCCGCACUCGAGUGGAUGAUGUUGUCCGAAUGGCCAACCGGGAAACAACGGAGCGUCGCAUCCAGGAAGAGGAGGAGGAGGCCGAGCGGCAGAGCCGUGCAUCUACCUCCCAUCACCGACGAAGCCACUCGAAUCUCAGCGUGCCAUCUGUUGCGCACACUGGUCGCCAGUCGAUGGAAUCCCAAGGUGGCCACAGUUUGUCGUCUGUGAGCCGCGGUCGGUUCUUCCGCCAUCGCAACAGUGUCAGCAGCCGUGGGGGGGCUGACCUGGAGCAAGGGCCAUCUCAUGGUCAGCCUCAAGUCCGCAGUGUCUCGCCUGGUGUGAAGGAGCAAUGAUCUCUUAGCUUGUGCGGCAGGCAUUCUGGAAAUGACUGCCUCACUACGUCAUUACUCGAGACAUAUUUUAUAUAUAUUUCCCGUACAUAGAAAAGGCGGCGGUUUGGUUAUGACAGACGUCCUGUGAUGUCACUGUUGAUCAAGUUUGCUUUGCCAGGUGGGAUUAGACUAAUUGUUGAGACCUGCAUAUCAGGUUUUUUUCUUGUACUUUGUUAGACGAUAUAGAUUCAAUAAUAUUGCAC